AUGCCGCCGCGAUUCUCAGCUCAGCCUUCCUGGAAGGCAUUGUCCGGUACGCUCUCCGGACAGAGCCCGGCCGCCUCAUCGUUCAAUGCAUCCCACGUCACUAUCAGGGCAGCAUCUACCAAAGCUCCAACACAGAAGAGAAACGAUUACUUCCGAGCUGCACAGGCUCGCCAGCGCAAGGCUGCCAAUCUCUCCCGACAAAAAGUUCUCCAGGCUGAGCGGGACGCUUCGCUCGGUGACCCGGUCGAAAGCCAAGCCACACCUUUCAUCCAAGAGAUCCAAGCCAUCUCAACUGGCUCUCAAUCUUCGGCAUCUAGUGCCGGUAUCAACUAUUACUUGAAAGUGGACGAUUUCAAAAGCGCUUUGGAAUUCUCUAAGGACCUGACGGAGCCCCUUCGGAACCCGGACCGUGACACAGCAGACCCCCAUGCUGAAAAGGAAGCAUCGAAAAAGCAUGAUGAAGCACACCGCAACGCAGAGGAGGCCAUGCAGCGCAUUGUGGACCUCAGCAAUGGAAACACCAAAGAUCGCAUGCGGUUGAACAUACAGAAGUGCAUCGACGAGUUUGGACGACACAGCACCGAUAAAGUACUACCACCCAAGCCUGCUAGCGUGCAACAUCAAUUGGCUUCGACACAGACAGAGAAGGUUCCUCGUGUUGGUGUUGAUACAGGCUCCCCCGAGGUUCAGGCCGCUAUCUUGACCGUCAAGAUCAUGAAUCUUUCUCGGCACCUUGAGACUGCCAACAAGGAUAAGCACAACAAGCGCAACCUGCAGUUGUUGGUUCACAAGCGGCAAAAGUUGCUCCGUUACGUCCGGCAGAAGGAGCGUGGCGGUCCCAGAUGGCAGAACCUGAUGGAGAAAUUGGGUCUGUCAGAGGCUGCAUGGAAAGGGGAGAUUGCCCUCUAG